CAAACCAAACUCAAAACACAGUUUCUAUUUUUAGUAAUCACAACUUCUACACUUCCACCCCAUCACACAUUUUCCACACACUCAACCAAAUAAAAAGCUUUUUUAACUAAAAACUAUAAACAAAAACAAUAAAAAUACCAGAUCUCUUGUUCUUUUUCGUGUAUGAGAAAUCUCACGGCGGAGAUAAUCUGUCUCCGGCCACCAUAAUGUCGACAUAUCCUUCAUCUUUACCGCCACAUUCUCCAUCAGAAAACUACGUCACACCGCCUUUGACGGUCAUCCUCACCGUCAUACUCCUUGUUUUCUUCUUCAUAGGUUUUUUCACGCUUUAUUUCUGCAAGUGUUUUCUCGACGCCAUGAUGCAAGCUUGGCGUCUCCGCCAUGGAGGAGAAGCCGAAGCAACCGAAAAUCCCAUCCAGCCACCGGAAGCUCCCACGGUUAAUCCCGGCCUCGAACUUCGCAUCAUAAACUCGUUUCCCACUUUUCCUUAUUCCUCCGUUAGAGAUCUCCGGGAAGAGAAAUAUGGCCUCGAGUGCGCUAUAUGUCUACUAGAAUUCGACGGAGAUCACGUGCUACGUCUCUUGACCACAUGCUACCACGUAUUUCACCAAGAAUGCAUUGAUCUUUGGUUCGAAUCUCACAAAACUUGUCCCGUUUGUCGCCAUGAUCUUGAUCCUCCACCGCAAGAAAACACCACCAUUACGCUGCCUAACGUCGAUGAGAUGAUCAUUGAUGUGAUUCAAGAAAAUAGCGACGACGAUCAGCAUCAUCGGACAACAACACAGAUUGAUACUUGGCCGUCUUCAGGACAAAACAGUUGCUUAAACAAUGAAAGAUCGAGAAAAGAACAAACUCUGCCGGAUAAAUUCUCGAGAUCACAUUCGACGGGACAUUCAAUAGUGAGAAACAAACCGGAGGAAGAAGAUAGGUAUACAUUGAGAUUACCGGAGCAUGUCAAGAUCAAGGUUACAAGAGGACAUGGCCAAACAGAAAGUUGUGUUACUUUUGGUGAAAUUAUUAGAAACAAAUGUGAUCAUCGCCGGUUUGGUGAAGUCUCCAACCAAACGGCUGUUACACAAUCAGAAAAUUAAAGAACUAAUAGAUACUAUACUCAUACUUUUCUUUCUUGACAAAAGGUUCUUUUAUUUUUCUUGUUGUUGUAUUGAAUUAUAUACAUCUUUUAGGUAGAAAUUUUAACUUGAGAUGCUAAUUAGUGUUGUUAGUGAUUUUAUAUAUUUUUAUUUUCCAGAGUUUUAUUAAUAAAAGCGGACAAUUUAUUU